UCACUGCCUACCUACCUACCGGUCUCGAUCCUCCGUCAGUAAACCUGAAGAUGUCGUUCCGUGUGGUAGCCAACUACUUACUUAUCAUUUUUAUAACUUUGGUAAAUGGAAUGCCACAGAAGGAUGAUACAGCUCAAGAAAAGCCCGAUUCACCUCCAUUUCUCCAAUUUACUAACGGAGGAAUCCGAGUAAACUUUGGAGGAUAUCAUGCUGAAGCUGGACUCGGCGGUCUUCUACGAGGCAUGGGUGGUGGACUUCAUGCGAGUGCAGGAACUCCAUGGGGCGCACACGCUAGCGCGGGAUUAGGCGGUCAGUUAGGGCAAGAGGGCAGUCUUGGCGGCGGUCUUUAUGCUCGCGCUGGACUCGGCAAUGGAGGACCAGACGCGGCGGCUGGCCUCGGCGGACGACUGGGUGGCAAUGGACGGUCGGCGAACCCGAUUGCGGGUGGCUUGUACGCAGGGGCAACACCAGGCGGCGGUCCAGGACCGGGCGUGUUUCUCGGCGGAGGACUCGACCAACCUGGAUUCAAUGGGAUUAUAAGUGGCAGCAUGCCUAACGAAGCUGGUUUGAAUCCGCCUGCGGGUGCUGCAGCUGCGGCGGCUGCUACCGGAACAACGGCAACCACGUCAGCGAGCGCGGAUGCUGCGAUCGGAACGAAGCCGUCAAAGGGCCGCACGAACAUACAAAUCAUACGUUCGAGGGCGCAGAAGGAGAAAGAGAAGGUGAUUGCAGCUGACGCGACGCUACGAGCUGACGCGACCGCAGGUGAGAAAGCCGAGUCGCAAAACAAGGAGUCACGACGUGCAGUGCAAUUCGCAGUAAUGCCACCGGCAGCGGAAGUGGACCUGGUCAAAUCGGUUUACUUUGGGGCAGCGCCAGCCGUGAAAACUGUCGUGGUUCCGGCUGCGCCAGCCGUGAAAACCGUCGUGGUUCCGGCUGCACCCGCAGCUGCACCCGCACAAGGCGUAGGCCAAAUCACCGCUACCGUCGACACGGUUGCAACAGUCGACAAUAAUCCGAGUGUAGUCGUUCCGAAACCGGCGUAUCCACGUUGGUACUUUAGAAAAAGAUUCUGGACCGUCCCUAGAAAAACAGUAUACGUUGCUCCAACAGUAACGGCUGAUAGUCAAAGCUCUCCUUCGGACGUAGUCGGCGGACUUUUCUUCAACGCAGUUGGAGACGGUGGUGUAGUUGCCGCAGGAAAAACUUACACCAGCGGAUCCCUGUUCGAUGAUAUUUUUAACAUCCCAAUUUCAACGUUGUCUGCUGUUAACCAACUGCUGAAAAACAACGUCGGCUAAGACCUCUCACCGUAGCGCACGUUACUACUUAUAAACCCACGUUUAAAAUACUAUAAUUGACUAUUGACUACAAUUGACUAUAUAAUCGACUAUUGCAUAAUAAUGCACAUAGGAAGAUCGAAGACUACGAAGUCCUUCGAAUAUAUUUAGCAAACUCAUUUAUUGCGUAUUCAGCCCCUUAUGGCAGAAGAUGUUUGUUCUGUCUACUUACGAAUGCUAUACACAUAUUAUGUCCAUUAUCUGGCUCCUUGUACGUGAUUAGAUUAUACAAACCGGCGAUCGCGUAUAUAUUACAGUAUUCCUUUGUCUGCGAAUUAUUUACAAGAUGCAUAUACUAAUAAAGUUUUAUAUGGAAAAAUUCAUUAAUUAUUUUUUAUUUUAUUUUAUUGUUGUAUAACUUAUAUGUUAUAUUACUUGUUCGAACUAUUCGAAAUACAUAUUAUUCCUUUAUUUAAUAAUAUAAAUAGCGAAAACAUUGUGAUAAACAAUUCAAGAAUAUUUCAACGCGCUGCCAAGAAUGGAAAAAAUUAUUUCCGAUUGUCGUUCAGCGUUUGUAUAGUCACAAAUAUAAUUACUAUAAAAUUCUGGUUAUUAGCCAUAUUAAGCGCGUUAUUUUAUUUAAAUAGGACAAU